CACGUCCUUUUUAAGCGCUUUCUGAUCAAAGCUCUAAACUUUCGAGUUUAAUCGACGGACCGUCUUCCGCAUCUCUACCAUCGAACACAAGUGUAGACAGAAUACCAAGAAUGGCUACCUUGUUAUCUGCGCGUAGUUCCAUUCGGCGACUGGGAUAUCCUCUUUAUAGGGCGCCGUUUGCAAACAACGGGAGUCGCGCAGCGUCAGGAUAUGUGAAAUACAACUAUGAAGAUCCGUUGAAUAUGGAAUCUCUACUAACGGAAGAGGAAAUUGCUAUACGUGAUACUGCUCGGGAGUAUUGCCAGGAAAAUCUUGCUCCCCGUGUGCUGGAAGGCUGGCGGACGGAAAAAUUCGAUCAUGACAUUCUCCCUGAAAUGGGCAAACUGGGACUACUUGGACCGACGAUUCAAGGCUAUGGCUGUGCUGGAGCGAGCAAUGUGGCCUAUGGCCUCAUUGCUAGAGAAAUUGAGCGCGUCGACUCUGGCUACCGGUCGACGGCAUCUGUCCAAUCAUCGCUUGUUAUGCAUCCCAUCAACGAGUUUGGUACUGAAGCACAGAAAGAGAGGUAUAUUCCUCGGUUAGGUAGGGUUUCUAAUUGUGAUCGAGAACUCGCCGCUUAUAUCAUACAGCCAAGGGAGAAAUCAUUGGCUGUUUUGUAUGAAAUCACAGGGCUGACUGAACCAAAUCAUGGUUCCGACCCAGCUGGCAUGGAGACAACUGCUGAGGAAACUGAUGGCGGCUUUGUCCUCAAUGGAAGCAAAACUUGGAUAUCAAAUGCACCUGUCGCUGACAUUUUUGUCAUCUGGGCUCGCUGCAAAUGGGAUGGCAAGGUCCGAGGCUUCCUUCUGGAGAAGGGUCUGAAAGGUUUGGAAGCGCCGGCCAUAAAGAAUAAGGUUGCACUUCGGGCGUCGUUAACUGGUUCGAUCUUCAUGGACUCUGUUAGAGUAGGCCAUGAUGCCUUGCUCCCGCACGGACAGGGCCUUAGUGCACCUUUCUCCUGUCUGAAUAGUGCCCGGUACGGCAUUUCAUGGGGUGUAAUGGGGGCUCUCGAGGACUGCAUCCAAAAAACUCUCGCGUAUGCACUUGAGCGAAAACAGUUUAAGCGACCGCUGGCAUCUUUCCAGCUCGUCCAAAAGAAACUUGUAGACGCACAAACUGAAGUAGCUCUUGGCUUGCAGGCUAGUCUUCAGGUUGGCAGACUGAAGGACGCAAGCAAGCUGGCGCCCGAAAUGAUCAGUAUGGUAAAACGUAAUAACUGUGGAAAGGCCCUUCAGCACUCCCGAGUCGUUUUGGAUAUUCUCGGAGGAAAUGCAGCUUCAGAUGAGUACCAUGUCGGUAGACAUGUUGCAAAUUUACAAGUUGUGAAUACUUAUGAAGCUGACAACCCAAUCCCUCUUUUCAUGCAGGAUAUACACGGUCUCAUCCUUGGAAAGGCAAUCACUGGCAUUCAAGCUUUUGCUAAUUAG